AUGGGGUUGAAGGAAGAUGUGGAAAAGUUCCUUAAAGGGAACCCUGCAUUUGCUGAGAGCUACUUUGCAAAGAAGCUGAGCUCGGGCUCGAUAUCGAAGGCAUCAGGAAUACCAGAGAAGGAGGUCGACUUCAGCCAGUUCAAGGAUCUUAGUCAGGUUGAAGAAAGCAGGAUCAUGUAUGAGCUGAUAAAAGACAUGCAGGAGAACAUCAACAUGGAACAGGUGGUUUUCAAGAUUUUGAAGAGGAUCAGUGCACUCAUCCAUGCGGACCGGUGCAGCCUGUUCAUGUACAGACAGCGUAAUGGAAUCGCAGAGCUCGCCACGAGACUCUUCAAUGUAAACACCGAGGCCGAGUUGGAGAACUGUGUAGUGCCGCCCGAUUCUGAGAUUGUCUACCCGCUGGACAUAGGGAUAGUCGGCCACGUAGCCCAGACCAAGAAGACUGUAAAUGUGAAAGAUGUCUCUGAGAACCAGUACUUCAGCACAUUCGUUGACGAACUCACUGAAUACCAAACACGGAACGUACUGGCUACCCCCAUCCUCAACGGCAAAGACAUGGUGGCAGUCAUCAUGGCCCUCAACAAGACCACAGGACCAUUCUUCACUCCAGAGGAUGAAGAUCUUUUUUUAAAGUAUCUGAAAGUUGCCACCUUAAACUUGAAGAUCUAUCAUCUGAGUUACCUGCACAACUGUGAGACACGUAAAGGACAGUUGCUGCUGUGGUCUGCCAACAAGGUAUUUGAAGAGCUGACAGACAUCGAGCGACAGUUUCACAAAGCCUUGUACACAGUCCGAGCCUACCUUAACUGUGACCGUUACUCUGUUGGCUUACUUGACAUGACAAAGGAGAAGGAGUUCUUUGAUAUUUGGCCGGUACUGAUGGGAGAACAGGCACCAUACUCUGGCCCUGUAACCCCUGACGGAAGGGAGGUAAUAUUCUACAAAGUAAUUGACUAUAUAUUACACGGAAAAGAAGAGAUCAAAGUUAUACCGACUCCACCUGCAGAGCACUGGGCCUUGUGUAGUGGCCUACCCACCUACGUUGCUGAGACUGGUUUUAUUUGUAACAUUAUGAAUGCAGCAGCGGAUGAGAUGUUUAAAUUUCAGACUGAGCCGUUGGAUGACAGCGGUUGGACCAUAAAAAAUGUUCUGUCACUUCCAAUUGUCAACAAGAAGGAAGAAAUAGUGGGGGUGGCCACCUUCUACAACAGAAAGGAUGGAAAGCCAUUUGAUGAACAGGAUGAGCAGCUCAUGGAGGCCUUGACCCAGUUUCUGGGCUGGUCAGCUCUGAACACAGAUACUUAUGACAAGAUGAACAAGCUUGAGAACCGGAAGGACAUCGCUCAGGAUAUGGUGCUCUACCAUGUCAAGUGCCGCGAUGAUGAGAUUCAGAAUGUCUUGAACACCAGAGAGCUGUAUGCCUGUGAACCCAGAGAGUGUGAAGAGGACGAACUCCUACAGAUCUUGAAAAAAGACCUGCCACCGUUAAUCAAGAAGUUUGAGAUCUACGAGUUCCGAUUCUCAGAUUUUAACUGUACAGAGUUGGACCUGGUCAAGUGUGGCAUCCAGAUGUACUAUGAGGUUGGGGUGGUCAAGAAGUUCCAGGUCCCCCAGGAGGUUCUGGUGCGGUUCAUGUACUCACUCAAUAAGGGUUACAGGAGAAUCACCUACCACAACUGGCGUCAUGGCUUCAAUGUGGGACAAACAAUGUUCACCCUCUUAACGACGGGAAUGCUGAAGAGAUACUACACAGACUUGGAGGUGAUGGCCAUGAUCACAGCUGGCUUCCUCCAUGAUAUUGACCACAGGGGUACGAACAAUCUCUACCAGGUCAAAUCAGGAAAUCCUCUGGCAAAGUUACACGGCUCCUCCAUCCUGGAAAGGCACCAUCUAGAGUUUGGCAAGUUCCUUUUGUCUGAUGAGACUUUGAAUAUUUUCCAGAACCUGAACAGGCGGCAGACAGAACAUGUUAUUCACCUUAUUGACAUUGCCAUCAUUGCCACUGACCUGGCUCUGUACUUCAAGAAGAGAACCAUGUUCCAGAAGAUUGUGGACCUAUCACACACUUAUGAGGACCAAAAGAAGUGGACUGACUUCAUGUCCCUAGAAACCACAAGAAAAGAAAUUCUAAUGGCAAUGAUGAUGACGGCAUGUGACUUGUCAGCCAUCACCAAGCCCUGGGAGGUGCAGAGCAAGGUUGCCCUGUCUGUAGCAGCAGAGUUUUGGGAGCAAGGAGAUCUGGAGAGGACAGUAUUGGAACAACAACCUAUUCCAAUGAUGGACAGAAACAAGGCAGCGGAGCUUCCCAAGCUACAGUGCGGUUUCAUUGACUUUGUCUGCACAUUUGUUUACAAGGAGUUCUCUCGCUUCCACCCAGAAAUCCAGCCCAUGCUGGACGGCAUCCUGAACAACAGAAAAGAGUGGAACGCUAAAAAGGAAGAGUAUGAGGCCAAGCUCAAAGCCAUCGAAGAAGAAAAUGCAGCUAAAGCGGAAGCUGCAGCUAAGAAAGUUGCUAACAACAACAGUGGAGGGUCAGGCUCCAAGACCUGCACGGUUUGUUAG